GGCGGGCGCGCGCGGCGGCGGGUGCGAGGCGCGGGCUGUUGUGCUCCCGGCUCUCCCCUUUCCCCUCCUUGGCGGGUGGAGGAGGCCGAAGCGGUACUGGGCGCGCUGCGCUCCCCUUCCUCUCCCUCCGGCCACCUUCCCCGGCCCUCUCGCGCUGCGCGGUUCCUCCGACGCAAGACUGUCCCGGCCCGGGUGAGCGGCUGUGGGGCGGUGCUGACGCCGCAGGACUCCUGGGAGCCGGGUGGGGGCCCUGCCGGCGGGGUCGGCGGGGACCGUGGGGGGUCAUCGCGGGUCGCGAGGGGCCGCCGGCCUGCCCCGCCUCCCUGGGGGUGGCCGAGCCCGUCCGGUCCCGGCGCGGGCCGCGGAAGGACGGGAAGCUCGGGCGUCUGCCAGGCCCUGCAGGUGGCCGGGUCGCAGGCCGGCCGCGGCGGCGGAGCGGUAACCCGCCGGCGACAGCAGCUGGUCGGUUUCUCGAGGCUGGGGCUCCCUGUGGCCGAAGGGGCCGGGUUUCGGGCAGCCGAGGCCUCCAGGAGGCGCGUCUCGGGCCGGGGUCCGUGUGGAGUGGCGGAUAUGGCUCGUGGACAGCAGAAGAUUCAGUCUCAGCAGAAAAAUGCCAAAAAGCAAGCUGGACAAAAGAAGAAACAAGGACAUGACCAAAAGGCUGCUGCCAAAGCUGCCUUAAUAUAUACCUGCACUGUCUGUAGGACACAAAUGCCAGACCCUAAGACCUUCAAGCAGCACUUUGAGAGCAAGCAUCCUAAGACUCCACUUCCUCCAGAAUUAGCUGAUGUUCAGGCAUAAAGUUGUUUACAGGUGAAUUCGUGACACCUUUGACUCUUCUCCUGUCUCAGACCUUAGGUAACAAACCUGCAGCUGCUUUUCUAACAAACUGUUGAUCAGCAAAAAUAAAGGGGCUACAGAAACAUUCAUUUUUAUGCUGUUCCCUUUUGGGCUUCAUGCAAAGACAAUUCUGUGUAAAUGUACAGUUGACUCUGAUUUGGAAAUCUGAAAAUCAGUCCAUCCUUGUUAUAAAAAAUUUUUUUACAAUUGUAAUUAUAUUGAUGUUCAUAUUGUAUAAAAUAACUCAUUUAAUAAAGUAGUACUUUGAUUUUACAACAUCACAGGAUAAAUGGUUCUAGAAAUUCUGUUCUAACUUUCUACAUUAUUUGCCUUAUAACAAUCUAAUGAAUUCAUCAGCUAGAAUUGCAAGCGCAAUUCUUAUCUCCCUUUCUAAGUUCAGGGGCAUGUUCAUAGUUAAACUAGAGCAGACUCAUUCAUUAAAUUUGUGCACACGAUUUUAUUGGCAGCUGCUGACCUAGGUGAAGAAUGACUUACCUGCUGCCUUAGCAUAUUGCAAUCAUGUGUCAUUUUCCCCUCUGAUUGUUUCUUGUGAUUGAGGUUGGAAUAUUUAAACUUGCUGUGUGACCUGGCUAUACCUGCCAGCCAGGUCUAGCUUGUAGAUAACUGAUAAAUUCCUUAAAGUGGUUGGAUUGUCAGUCAGCCCAUCUGAAAAAUUAGGUUCUGAAGUAUAUGCCACAAUGAAGUAAUCAGCCUACUGUUCAAUACAAAAUAUGAUGGCACAUAUGUGAACUGGUAAAGACCUAUCUUUUAUAAAUUAUACUUGAUUCUUUGAAAAUGGUUCAAGUUCUUUCAUUUGAAAUUGAAAUAUAAUUUUCAAAGGAGUUUUUGGAAGUUAAUAACAAUUUGGCCAAUUUAUGAAUGGAUUUUGCAUUAACAGAAAGAUUGGAAUGGCUUGUGACUGGGUUAAUUCCCAGAACCUUCUCCUUCCUUUCCUUUUUAAGUGAGUAGUUGAUUUUUACUUUGUUCUGGUUCCUAAAAUCAAAGGCUGUGUACAGUAUGACUUCCGUCUGAACUAGAAAAAUAUUAAAAUAGGCCAAUAUCCACAUUUUUUUGGCUCUAAGGAUGGGGAAGUGGGUUGGUUCCGAUGAAUGAGGUAAAUGCUACCCAGUUAAAACAGACUAAUUUGGGUUUCUUCUAAUUUGCUUUUGCCAACUAUUAAUACAAGUGAAACCGCUGUAACUCAGUUUAAAUUUUAAAGUUGAUAGAAUAGGAAGAACACUCAAAUAUUUACUGGUAAUUGCUUAGAGCCGCAAAUCUGAUCCUGUGGAUUACAAAAUGCAUUCCCUCUUUCUGCUGUAACUCAUCACUGCAUUUGUUUUGUAACUGUACAUAUUCUGCCCACCUUGUUUGUCUUCACGGUAAGUUUAAAAUAAGAUAUUUCCAAGGAAAAGCUUCAGUGGUGAUAGUUUCUUAGUAACUCCUAUUAUACUCUUACUUUAAAAAUAGUCAUUAUUUCAUGUAUUUGAUUUCCUCAGUUUCAGAUUUAUUAUUUGUUAAUUCCCAGUAUGUUAGUUACCAGAACAUUAGAGUUGGCCUAAUUGCUUAUAGUGGUUAUUAACAGAAGUUCUGGUUAAAUUACAAUUUAAAAGUUUUUAAAAGUGCUUUGAGCAUAUGUAUGUUUAUGUUAGUAACAAAUCAUUUAAAAACCUUUUACAAGUUUUGGGUUAAUUUUUAUUUGUUUUACUGACUAAUUCAGAAUAAAAGCUUUAUGUUCUUGUA